AUGCAGCCAGGCUCUAGAAGAACCAAAGACGAUACUUGGAAAUCAGAAGAACUUAGGAAACAUCUUAAGGCAUCACAACCAGAUAAUCAAAGUGAAGACCAAAAGCACAGAGAAAAGAAACUGCAGAAAGAGAAGUCUGUGCUUGACAUAGACACUCAUAGACAUGAACGCAAAGACAGAGGGAAGAGCAAGGAACGAACACGAGAGAGAGAGAGAUUUAAAUCUAGUGAAAGAGACAGGGAUAAAAUGAGAGAGAGAGAGAAGGAUAAAGAACAUCAGAGAGAAGGAGACAGAGAGAGACACAAGGAUAAGGCUCAAGAGUCUCAUUUGGAGGAGAGAUACAGUGUACCAAAACAUAAAGAUAGGGAGGGCGAUAGAGAACGAGACAAAAAGCAAAGAAGACAUGACUUAAAGCAAAUAGAUACACAAAAUAAUCUGAAAUCAUUGGAAGGAAGAGAUAAAGAACAUCACAGAAGGAGAGAAAGCAGGCAUCGUUUGGAGGAGGAGAAAACAAGAAGUGAAGAGCAAGAAAGAAGGCAUAAAGAAAAGAAGGAUAAUGAUGAAAGAAAGAAAAUUGACAAAUCUUUAGUCUACAAAGUUGAAGCAGGUGAACGUGCACACAAGUUAGAGAAAGAUCAAGAGUUGGAUAAAGAGAGAGAAAGAAGACACAGAGAAAAAAGAGAACAUUCUGAAAUGAAAGACACACACAUCUAUAAUUCAGACACAUUACCUGAUGACUUUUCAGCAAAUUAUGAAGAUGAUUUUGAAGAUUAUGAAGAUGAUUUUGAAGAUGAUGAAGACAAAGGUGGUGAAGAAAGAGAUGCAGAAGAAAACCUAAGAGAGGUUCCAUUUUCCAGAACAUCAGAAAUUGAAGAAAUUCAAAGAGCAAUUAGUGCAGAAAAUGAUAGAGUUUUUACUUCAUUGCCAAAGAAACUUGAAAAUGAAAAAACAGAACCAAUCAUGGAAAACCAAUCCUCUUCUGUCAGAAACUCUUUUUGUGGAAUAUUCAUGGAUUUUCAAAUGGCAAACCAACGACAAAGCAGCCAAAGUAUGGCAAGUAAGCAGAAAAAACGAGCUUCAGAGCUUCUCCCACUAAUUGACUUGGACUUCUCAGUUAGUUUGUCACUCCUGGAUUUGCCUCCUGUAAAUGAGUACGACAUGUAUAUCAGGAAUUUUGGUAAAAUGAACACUAAGCAGGCAUAUGUUCAAUGUAACGAGGACAAUCUAGAUAGAGACAUUCAAACUGAGGAAGUUGAGACAUUGGAGAAAUGGACACAGCAUCCAGGAGAAAGUGCCCUUGUGUCUGGAGGUCCCAUAAACAGCCAGGAUAUGUCAGGGAAUGGAGCUCUAACACCUAAAAUUGAUUCACAAAGAUUAGCAAAUUUCCUCCGGUCUGCUUGCCAGGUGAUUGCUGUAUUGCUAGAGGAAGAUCAAGUUGCAACACAACCCAGGAAACUAAGAUCUCGACAAACCAGUCUGUCUAUUAGUGAUAGCUGUUUCCAGUUAAAUACUAACCAGCCAUUUCUCCAUGACCGAAAAAUAUCCUACCUGUAUGUCUCUCAAGUUCAGAGGCAGACACUACUUUCUGUUCAUGGAUUACCUGAAAAGGCAGGUGUUGGUUUACUGAACAGAAAGAGCCUCAUAUGUGUUUGGAAUAUCUGGCAGCCCUCCAGUCCUCAGAAAGUUUUGAUCUGUGACUCAGAGGUGAUAUGUUGCUGCUUUAGUCCCAGUAAAACAACAUUAGUUUUUGCUGGAACAAUAGAUGGUUCAUUGCUGGUGUGGGAUCUUCGAGAAGACUCAAGAAUGCACCCUCAUAUGAUGAUCAGUGAAACUGACUGGACUUUCAGAGUCCCAACAUUUUCCACUGAUGGCAUUCUAAAGUCAGUAACCCACACCUCUCCUAUACUAGCAGUGGAACCUGUCUCAACCUCUCUUGACACUGAUCACAACUAUGGGCUCUCAAGUCUCUCGUAUCAGGAGGAAAUGUCAGGCCCUCCAUUUCAGAUAGCUUCAAUGGAUGAAAAUGGAAUUCUCAAUAUGUGGGUAGUUGUUGAAUUACAAAAAGUGGAUUUAGCUGGUUCACAAACUGAUUUAGGUUUAGUUCCUGGAGGGAAAGUGAAGUUAGUACAUAGUUCUACUAUGGAAUUGAAUAACAGGUAAGAAAAUGGGGGUGAUAUUCACCAGAGAAUGCCACAGACAUUGACUAUUAAAUUUCUGUCUUCUAAUCCUAAUCACUUCAUUGUUGGAACAAACAUUGGUCUGGUAGGCCACGGUACAAGACAUGAUUUAAAAGUUGUUCCAAAGCUAUUCAGGCCCCGGGAGAGCAGACUGAGAUCAAUAAGCAUCACAGCAAUUGAUUUCUUCCCUUUUGGAAAGCCACUAUUUUUGGUUGGCUGCUCGGAUGGGAGUAUUAGGUUGCACCAGAUGACAUCAGAGCAUCCCCUUAUGCAGUGGAAUGACAGCACAAAUGGACAGCCAGUUAUUGCCCUGCAGUGGGCUUUAACAAGACCUGCUGUGUUUUUUGCCCUGGAUGCAUCAUCUAAUAUUUAUAUUUGGGAUCUUUUGGAAAAUGAUUUGUUGCCUGUGGCAAAGCAGACUAUGCCAUCAGAGAAGGUUGUAACUAUGGCUCUAGUGGGUGAACCAGAAAAAGCCAAUGGAUUGUUGGGCAUUGUGCUGGCCAAAGAGUCUGGCCAGAUGGACAUUCAGUACGUCAAGAAGAAGUGGGCAUUACCUCAGCCUGAUGAGUCUGACAAACUGCACUCGGUUUUAUUGCAGUCUUUUUAG